UAAUUAUUUUCUGAGUUCAGACUCCACUGUGGUUCAUUUUGCUUUUCAUCCAUUCAAGGCUGAUAAAAUUAGUACCAGCUGAGCACUGGGGGUUGAUGGAAUUGACUUACCCCCAAACGUGCUGGCCUUGUGUCGAUAAUUCAAAACCAAUAUAUUCAACACAUAAUUGAUCUUGUUCAUUUGUUAUAGAUUACGUCAAGGGGUUAUCUUAAUUCUAUGUGUGCGUGUGGUUUUGGUCAGGCUUGGGGAGGGGUUCACUCGGCAUUUCACUUCUUAGAACCAAGUACUUUUUUGGUGUGGUUCAACAAGCAGUUAAUGAUUAUAAAUGAUAAAUUUACUGCCAAACAAAUACCCGAUAAAUUAAGUCUGCCUCUACCCAGCCAUGCUUAUCACUGAAUAAUCUCAAAUUACUGCCUUGUCAAGUUUUAUAUUUAUCAAAGCUAAAUUCAUGCUAAUCAAGUUUUGGGAUUAAAGGUCUCCUCAGUUGUUGCUAUGCAGGAUUCAAAUCAAGGCACCAUUUUGUCACAUUAAAUAGGUGAAAGGGUGACAGUAUUGUGGUCAUUGAUAUUAAAUAAGUCAUGGCAACACCUAAUAUCAAACAGUGGCAGAUCUCCAAGAUUUAUAGGUGACGACAUUGUAUUAAUUAUCAGAAAAUUUGAAUUAGGUUUUCAUUUACAUUUCCUUUCAGUUGUGCAUGUGGAGAUGAAAGUGAGUGUCAUACUUGUUUAAUGUUCUAAUUAAUUAACAAAAUCUUGGGAAUUGGUUACUGAAGUUGAAAUUUUUGCUGCUCUGUUUCACACAGACACACGGGUGUUUUAGGAAUGCCAAGGCAAGAGAAAAAAUUAACGAACUGUUAAUUAGAAAAGUCUUCCUAUUAAGAAUUCGAAGAGAUGAUAGAUAUGGAAGCGAAGAACAGAACAGUGAAAACUCCAGCAUUUAAGGAGGAUUUAUUUCAAAAUGAAAUUAAUUUAUUGGACAGUUCUGGGAAAAUUCAUGUCCGAAACUUACCAUAUUAUUUUGAGACGUUUAGUCAGCAACGUCCAGUGGUUUUAAACACAUCUAGUGACCAACUAGUGUCAGGGUAUCAGGAUGGAACUAAACCUUCCAGAUUGGCUGGUCCUUCUGGCUUACAUAUGAAGGCUUUGAAAGCAAAAUCAGCAGGCCCAACAAGGAGGAGUGGGGAGUCAUAUUACAGUCAAUUGGAUUAUUCUGGGGUUUCUGAAAGAAACAACCAGAACAAAGAUACAAUACCUGCCACCAGCAGAAGUGAAUGUACAGCAUCAACACCACAGAAACAGUCAAGUUAUGACACAUUUUUAAACUAUCUUGUGUGGAAAAUGGGUCAUAGACCAGAGUUACAGAAAAAUGCCAGGCAAUUGAUUGUGCUGAAAAGCGAACCGGAUCUUCCAAACUUUGUUUAUCCUAAAGACUUACAUCCCAAAAUAUUUUGGCGAGAUGUCAGGCAGCCCUUGGACCGAAUGUCUCGUAAAUCUCUAAGAUCCGAUUAUGGCCAGAGGAAUUUUUUACGCUCUCAGAAUUCAAAGAGAACAGUCGUGCCAAGUUCUCCAGCACCUACUUUGGCCACAGAUAAAAGUAUGGAUUUAGAAACCAACCAAAUUCUGAAAGAACAUUCUGGAACUGGUUCAAGUGAGGACAAAGAACAGAAACGUAAAUCUCGUCAUUCUGGUGGACGAAAGAAAAAAUCCAGAAAAACAUCAAAACGAAAAAAGAAAUCAAAACGCGGGAAAAAUAAAGAGAAUGACUUCCAUGAUUGCAAAGUUCUUGACACGGAUUCCGAGAGUUCUUCUGAAGAUGAUGGUAAUUCAAGUGAUGCCAGUGGUGAUUCUUGUGGAAAGAAUUUGAAUAAGAAUAGGAAACCAAAGAAAGAGAGAAAAGGGAUUCCAGGUCAAAGACAAGCAAGAAAUGAAGAAAUGGAAGAAGGCCAUCAAAUGGAAAAGGAGGAAAAAGAAAAUGGUAAGAAUGAAGAGGAUGGAAACAACCUGGAGAAAACUUCUAGCUUUGAGUUUGGGAAAGAGAUUCCUGCUUUACCAGGUUAUAACCCUGAGUUAAAGAUGCCACGGAGACUCUCCACAAGAAAGAGAUCAGCUUUGUCCCCAGUGAAGAGAAAUAAAACUGAGCCUGAGAAAAUAACAGAACCAGAAAGAAGGAUGUUUAGUUCUUCCAAAUUCAUGAAAACAGAGAUAAAAUAUGAUAAAGAGAUUAUGCAAUCUUGGCUUAAAGAACAACUUGACUUUAGUUUGAAACCUUGUCGCUUUGAGUUACCUGUUGACAGUCGACAACUUGAAGCUUCAAGUCCUGAAGAGUAUUUAAGAACGUACUGCAUUGUUACGUCUCAAUUCCACAGUCUUUACAAAACUGUCUUCAAGAAAUAUCAGACUCCUGCCACGUUUAUGAUAGAAUAUAAGAAUCUUGAAGUUGCUUUACAAGAUGUUGCUGUAAACAGUUUUAGUGUUGAGAAGCUAAAGAUAAUUGGCAGCCUCGUUAACCUUAAUGAGACUUCUACUAUUGAUUAUAAACUAUUUGCUGGAAUGGCAGCAUUAGCAGAACGACUCACAGACUCCAGCAUUAAAAGCUUGAAGCAAUCUGAAUUAUCUCAAGAUGGAAAUGUGAAGAAAGAAGGAAUCGAAGUUGCAGACUUCUCAGCUUUGGAUUGGAAAUUUAAAGAUAUUGACAUCAACAAAAACAUGAAACAACUUUUAAGAAUUAUUGCUCUUUAAACGACAGGAAUUCAUCAAUUUCUCUUAAAUUGGUAAAUUUCUUGGUUUCAAAUUUUGGCGCAAAGCCAGUAAUUUUGGGUGAGGGUAAGUUGAAUGCAUCACCCUCCAACCCCCACCCACGUGUUCAACUGGUCCUUAUUUUAUUGAUCCCAAAUGGAUAAAAGGCAAAGUUGACCUUGGUGGGAUUUGAACUUAGAUCAUAAAGGCAUGAAAUGCUGUGAAGCAUUUUGCCUGAGUGUGCUAACAAUUCUGCCACAUCACCACCUUAAAUUGAUUAAUUUAUCGAGAAACUACAAACAGGGUUUUUGAUUUGGGCACAAGGCCUGCAAUUCCAUUGACUCCAGUAUUUGACUGGUACUUUAUUUCAUUGACCCUGAAAAAAGUUGACUUUGGUGGGGUUGAGACCCUGAGAAAUUAAUCAUACUCUUACUCUUUUACUCUUUUACUUGUUUCAGUCAUUUGACUGCGGCCAUGCUGGAGCACCGCCUUUAGUCGAGCAACUCAACCCCAGGACUUAUUCUUUUGU